AUGAUCGAGGAGAAGUACAUCGGCCUCGGGUUGGCCAUCAGCUCUUCAGCAGCUAUUGGUACCUCGUUCAUCAUUACCAAGAAGGGCCUGAAUGACGCGGCAAGUAGACCAGCAGACUACCCCCACAGCCACCAGCGACAGACACAGUCGCGCAAUGCGUCCGAGGACUUUGCGUACCUCCAGAACCCAAUCUGGUGGGCCGGCAUGAUCACAAUGGUGGUGGGAGAAGUGGCCAACUUUGCUGCGUACACAUUCGCGCCCGCUAUCCUCGUGACGCCGCUCGGCGCCAUGUCCGUGAUCAUUGGCGCGAUCCUCGCCAGCAUCUUCCUGGACGAGCAGCUCGGCCGGCUCGGGGUGUGUGGGUGCGCUAGCUGCAUCAUCGGGUCGGUCGUUAUCGUCCUGCACGCGCCGAGCGACAAGGAAGUUGACACGGUCGACGACAUUCUCAAGCUCGCGGCACAGCCCGCGUUCCUCAUCUACCUCUCCAUCGUGACGGUGUUUAGCACGGUCAUGAUCUGGCGCGUCGCACCGCGGUACGGCCAGACCAACCCCAUGGUUUACCUCUCGAUCUGCUCCCUCGUCGGUAGUGUGUCGGUCAUGGCAAUCAAGGGGUUCGGGAUUGCCAUCAAGCUCACGGUCGCCGGCAACAACCAGUUGACCCACUUUACGACGUACCUGUUCGGCGCGGUUGUCGUGGGCUGUAUCCUCGUUCAGAUGACCUACUUCAACAAGGCCCUAGACACGUUCUCCACCAACGUCGUCAACCCGAUCUACUACGUCUUCUUCACGACCGCGACCAUUAUCGCAUCCGCCAUCCUCUUCCAGGGUUUCAACACGACCGAUGCUGUCAACACCAUCUCGCUCCUCUGCGGUUUCCUCACCAUUUUCAUGGGCGUCUUCCUACUCAACAUGAGCCGCAAGCCUGAGCCGCCUCACCACCCGUCAUCGAUAGAGACGGGCUUCAUGAACCCCCGCAUGAGCAUGAGCGGACGCAUGAGCCUCGAGUCCCAGGGCGCCCCUCUCUGGGACUACUCAUCUGUCGGGCAGGCGCCGCCGGCGUACGCUGAAGGUCAGGGAUCGCAGCACGGCCGCCGAUCGCGACUGUUCCGCGAGCAGAACAGCACGCUGUUCAACGCAUUCGAGGAGGAGGGCGUUGCCCUCACCCAGCUCACAGAGGAGAGCGACGAGGACGAAGACGACCGCGACCGCCGCGACUAUGCUAAGCGUUCCCUCGUCGGUCGCCGUGACGUCGACGGCGGCAGGCAUCCCGCGUACGAGGUCUAA